UGUUAGGAUAAAUUCUUGCUGUGAUUUUUUCGCGAUGACAACGAGACGCGACUAAUUCAUCACUGAUUAGGUAAUUAAUUUGGUCGAUUGUUUCUGAAAAUGGAUGUUGAAGUUAUAGCAAGAGUACGACCUAAAUUACGAGGUGAAGGGGUUGAUAACCUGCAGCAACGAGAUGGAUUGACACUCGCCGAUUCCCACAAUUUUACCCACAGGUUUAAUAAUGUGUACGACACUGAUGCCAGCAAUGCUGCAGUCUUCAGUGGUUCGAUCAGCUCAAUGGUGGAGCUAUUUAUGUCUAGUUUUAAUUGUGCUGUGCUAUGCUUUGGAGAGGCAACUGCUGGUAAAACUUACACAAUAUAUGGUGAUGGUGGACAAGCACCAGGCCUAGUUCAGUUGGUGAUCAGUGAAGUGUUCGAGCGCUCUAGCAUAAACUACUUACAGAUGCGUCUGAGUAUCGAGAUGUUUGAAAUCUUCAAUGAGAACAUCAACGACCUUUUACACCACAGCCAGAACACUGACAAGUUUGAUGGUCCGAGGGUCAGGUAUACCCCAGAAUACGGCUCCUACAUUUCUGAUCUUAAUUCUGUCCCUCUUGAGUCAGCAAAAGAAGCAGAAAUUGUUUUGAAGAAAGCUUCUGAGAGACGCACUUGGGCCGAGACAGAUUUUGGGAAAACUCAUCGCAAGGCAACUAUCAUUACAAAACUGCACAUUUCUGGGGUUGGAGAUGGUCAGUCAUCAUUUACUUUUGUGGACUUGCCAGCAGCAGACAAGCUAUCCCAAGAUCCUCAGCAAGUCAAAAUUAGAGAGGGCGCUAAUUCAAACAAAACAAUUUUCUCGCUGGCAAGUCUAGUCACUGCCCUUGCAGAGCAAAAGACACCAAACAGAAUUAUCACCUACAGUGACUCAAUUGUGACUUCGUUAUUGGAGGACACUUUAGGAGGGAAUUGUCUUACCAAGGUGAUUGUGAACUUAAGACAAAGUUCUCAACCACAAUCGAAUCUCACAGAGGUUCUUAAAAUGGCUGCUAAGUUUUCACAAGUAAGAAAUUUCCCCAUCAUCAAUACCAGACAAGCAUUGGAUCUAUUGAUACAGUAUCGUGCAAGAAUAUUAAAUGGGACUACUACCAGUGCAGUUGCUAUGGGAACUACUGCUACUUUAACCAGUGACGAGCUUCUCAUGAAACACAGAAGUCUAACAACAGACAAUCUUGAUCUUAAAGCAGAGAAUGAAAGGCUGAAAGUAAAGCUAAAACAGAUAGAGGGCAGGCUUCAUGACCUUGCAUCGGCAAAGGCGGAUCUUACUAGUAAGCUUAUUACCUCUGACGAAGACAGGCUAAAGGCAUCUAAAAUGCUAAUUGAGUACAGAGUUGAAAAUAGUAAGAUGAAGGAAAGAAUUGAGCAAGACAAGUAUGAAUUAACUAACAAGGUACUUGCACUUGAGCAUGAGCUCGGGACCAUGAAAUGGCAGUUGGAGAAAUCUAGAAAAGAGCACCACUAUUACAGCAGUAAAUUCAACGAGAUUGAAAUACAGCGUAAAGAACUUGCUGACCGUUAUGUCACCCUCAAGGCAGAUCAUGUGACCCUAGCAAAAGAGCAUGAUAAGGAGGUUGCUCGCAACGAGGAGCUAGGCUUGGAGUUGUUAAACCUUGUGAAUGCUCGUUCUAUGCUUCUCAAGCAGACCGACAACCUAGUGAAAGCUGACAGCCUAGACGGUAACAGGGGACCUGAUCUAGAACGGAUCCGGGGUAUCGUCACUGGAUUGAAGUCAAACAAACAAAGGGUUGCUCGCAACGAGGAGCUAGGCUUGGAGUUGUUAAACCUUGUGAAUGCUCGUUCUAUGCUUCUCAAGCAGACCGACAACCUAGUGAAAGCUGACAGCCUAGACGGUAACAGGGGACCUGAUCUAGAACGGAUCCGGGGUAUCGUCACUGGAUUGAAGUCAAACAAACAAAGGACAACACAGCUGCUUGCCUCUCAGAAAGAAAGGAUCGAAAUGGAAAGAAAUUUGUUUGGAAAUCACAAGCAGUUUCGACAUGAAAUUGAAAAACUAAGGAACGAGUACGAUAAUCAGCAAGAUCAACUUGAAAACAAGAUGAUGACGUUGGCAAAAGAGAUACAAACGUCAAGAAAGAGGUCCCGAGAGCUACAGCGCAAACUCUCAGAGAAAACAACGGAGUUGCUUGUUUCUACCAACAAAUGCAAGGAGCUAGAGCUGGACAACAGCAAAUUGCAGCUACAAGUUCGAGAGUUAAAUGGCGAAUACAGAUCACGACUUCUAAAAUAUGUGGAGGAUAUAGCUGACUUUGUGGAUAACAGUACCAACUCAGCAGAGAGAAAUCUUCAAAAGUACAUCCACACAAUGGCGAAGGAAUUAAAAGAAACUUUCAAGAAACGUGAGGAACAGUUGAGUAAUGCUGCACGCACAUACAGGAAUCAGUUACUGAGAAUUGCAAAGAAGCAUGAAGAAGUUCUUGUUGCUUACAGAUGGUUGAAAGAGCAGAUAGAUGGGCUUGAGAUGCCAGAGGAUCACCAGAUUGAUCCUGGACCAGAUGAGCUGGAUUUGAGUCUUUCAGAGAAGGAUGUGGAAUCGGCCAACCGUCAAGAACUCACCAGGCUUCAAAAGCUUCUCACUGAACAGACGAUUAAGCUGGAUAUACUUGAGAAAAGGAGCACAACUGAAGGAAUAUCUGAUGAAAAACCAAGUUGGGAUGAUCUAAGAAAACAACUGAGAGAAUUUACACUAAAUACUCAGCAAGAACUUGAGUUGGAGAGAGCUACAUUGUUAUCCCAGAAUGCAAUGUUGGAAGAACAGCUGGCAGAAUGCCAAGAGUACAUUAACACAGUGGUUGCCAGGUACAAACAAGAGAUCAAAUACCUGAGACAACGUGCUACCACAGAGCCUGGUGGGAGGCUUAGCCCAGAUAUGUUUAUGGACGACUACAGACCAAGAAGACGACAAUUGAACAAAAGGAGCAGUAAUGCAUUCCGUUCGCACACAUUACCAAAAAUAUAAUAACUGAAAAACAAUGUGAAAAAUAUUAUUGUUUCUCGCAUGUAUUUAUUAGCAAGAAGUACAUACUGAAGUAAAUAAAAAUUAAAAAACCUAUCUGGUUAGUUCAGAGGAUAUUGGUGCGCAUCACAAACAGGUGUGUACCAUAAUAUGGGAGCAGCAUAUUUUUAAAGCAUUAUACAGUCCCAUUAAAAAGUGCCACAUUCGUAGUUAGUGCAGCGGUAAAUGAUUAAUCUUUGGUACAAGAUGGACGGAUUUAAAACUUGCCAAUGUUAUACUUUGCUUUAAUUACCACGUCCUUCAAAUGAGGUGUUAAGCUGUUGGUUCUAUGUGUAUAAAAGCACAUUAGUACAGAAAAACUUAGUACAUUACAGUACAAUAUUUGAAAAGAGGUGAUUGUCUUAUGUUGUACUUACCAUGGUAGCAGUAGCGUAUCUUGAAAUCGGGGAUCUGAUGGGGGUGCGAAGGAGGAGUGGGGACUUGAUGCUUAACGGGUGCUAGGUCACAAAAUAAGGUGAUACAAAGUGAUUUUUAAGUACUUGAGCAUGGUUUUUUUGGGCUUUUGAACAUUUUCAAUGUGGGGGAGGGGGUGUGCUUCCCUAAAUACAUCACUAUAAGGUAGCUGGUGCACUAAGGGCACUGCAGAUUCCUGGUGUCUUUAUCCGAAACAAACUUCCUUUUUGAUUUUCAACGAUUUACUUAUACACAGUAAUAUUGACAAGUUCUGUGCUUGCUUUUGAAGUGAAAAUUUAAAAAAAAUGUCAACAGAAUAAUGAAGUAUUUGUACAGUAGAUUAAUUGUAGGAUAACUCAUGUAAUAUAAUAAUUUAUAUUUAUAUAAUAUUUAAUAGAAUAAUAUAAUACAAUAUUUGCGGGUGGCCCUGAAGGAAAUAAUGGCUUCAAAUGCUAUUUUCCAAACAGUGCCUAAAAUAAUGGCUUUACAAGUCACCUUAUAUUUUGUAAGCCUAAGUUCAGGAUUCAUUCAUUGUCAACAUCAUAGCAAAGUUGCUUAUAACUUGUCAUGUGCAAGUUUCAAGUUUUUCUGGGGGAUAGAUAGUUGUACCCCUUAGAUAUGUCGCCAAGACAUAUUGAAUACAUGCAUAAUAUAAUUAAUUAAUUUUCAUGAUAUUCAUGGUUGUAAUAUUUGGUAUUACACCCAUGUUAUAUAAUAUUAUACCAUAUAUAUUUUAAUAUAUUUUACCUCCUCUUUGUACCACUUCACUGCACCUGAUGAAGCCAGUAUAGACUGCUGACGAAGGCUUGUGUAAUAAAUAAUUAGAAUUAUAAGUCAAUAGUGACGUCAUCACUGCAACUCCCAAUGUUAUUUGCCUAUUCCCCACCGUCCACUAAUUUUUCAGUUAGUGGACGCUUGGCUUAAU